CAUUUCUCUGCAGCGCUUCUCAAGAAUGAUAUCUCACCCGCUUAUUGGAAAAUCAUGUAGGAAAGUUUGCACUCUCAGGCAGAAAAAGGACUUGGAUAGAGCUGAAAAAUGCCCAUGGGUCAUAAUUUCUCAACUGUGACCAUCAUGCUCCAGAUAUGUGUGAUGUUCUGUUUGCCGUCAGUCGUCUUCUCCCAGUCAAUGUAUCCUUCACCCAAGAGAGGUCGCAACAUCACCAUCCACUCCUCCCAGCUGGUCUGCAGUCUCCCCGGCCCAGCGGGGCCUGCCGGGAACCCUGGAGCCCCCGGAUCACCAGGAGCCAUGGGCCCCAUGGGGCCUCCAGGGAAGGAUGGCCCAGAUGGGAAGGAUGGACAGAAGGGAGAAAAGGGAGAUGGAGGUGAUCCAGGGAGGCCUGGGAACAUGGGCAAGCCGGGCCUGAAAGGGCGCGAAGGCGUCAUAGGCAAAGCUGGACCUCGAGGGCUGAAGGGGGUACGAGGAACACCAGGGGUAGCAGGAAAACGAGGAGAAAAGGGAGAGAUGGGUGACGUGGGCCAGCAAGGAGCUCCUGGAGGCUGCAAUUGUGGCGGUACAGCCCGAUCAGCCUUCUCCGUGGCGGUGACAAAGAGCUACCCUAAAGAGCGACUGCCCAUCCGCUUCAGCAGGAUCCUGCUGAACGAGGGGAAUCACUACAACUCCAGCAGUGGCAAGUUUGUCUGUGUCAUCCCUGGGGUCUAUUAUUUCACAUAUGAUAUCACUCUGGCAAAUAAGCACCUAGCCAUUGGGCUGGUCCACAAUGGACAGUACAAGAUCAAGACAUUUGAUGCAAAUACAGGGAACCACGACGUGGCGUCUGGUUCUACUGUUCUCCACCUGCAGCAGUCAGACCAGGUCUGGCUGCAGAUCUUCUACUCUGAGCAGAACGGACUCUUCUUUGACCCUUUCUGGACAGACAGCACCUUCACUGGCUUUCUUAUCUAUGCUGACCAGGACUAUCUUGAUGAGGCUGACAGAAAAGCUAAUGCUCAGGAUGGCAGUUAAUACUGUCAUCCUGACAGUAUUAACUGCCAUUAACUGCCAGCGACUGCUCCACAGUGGUAGGCCUCAGUGUAUUUCUGUUGUUUUUCAAGUUACAACACCAGGGGGCGCACAAGAGGAGAAAACAGUCAACCAGAGUUAAGUAUUAGUUUCAGUAUUAAAAUCACUUGAAGUGGUUUAAUACUGAAAAGUUAUGUGUUUAGGCUGCAGGUUCCUUCAGGGUGCUGCAGUUCUAUUUCUCCAAUAAGUAACAGAAUUAUUCCUCUUUAGAUUUAUCUUACAGGAACUAUUAUUAUUUUAUAAAAGACAGGACAAAGUCAUCUUUUGUUGUGAAGUUUUUUCUAACAUACAAAGACAACAUAAAAUUGGAGGUGAAAUGAAGCCAACAUUACUAUAUUAAUUUUACAGCCCUGAGCACACAAAAUGGUGAUGUGUUUGUGUGCUGUCUGAUGCCCUAAACUUAGUAAAACCGAGAAAUUGCCUCUUUGACAACUGAAAAUGUAAUUUUUUUAGGAUACUGCAAUUUAAAGGUAAAUAUUAAUUUACAUUUUUUUUAAAAAACAUAUAGUGAUGCAUUAAAAAUGUUGGUUAAUUGAGGUUAUCAUGUUCUUAGCAUUCAUUAUUACAUAUUCCCAAAGGGGGGCCCACCAGGUCAGAGGAUCCCUGGAUUACCAGAUAUUUAAGAAAUAGUUUAAUUUCACUCUUUGGAAUUAGAAUUUAAGUGAAUGAGAAGGAGAUGGAUGAAGAGAGGAGACAGAAAAUGUGGAGAGAUGUGUCUUGUUCAUAUUACCCUGAUUUAUGUCAUCUUGUGGACAGUUUCCACAUCACACUUGUCUUGAGUACCUACAGGAUGAACAUGACUGGCUUCAACUAGGUGUGAUGUCACAAAGCUGUGCUCAUAUCUCAAACACAAGCACAGAGAAACGUUUCCUCUUCUGCAGAUAAAUGUGAAAACAGCAUCAACAUCAACCUGCACAGUGAAGCUCAAACAUCCAAGUGAUGAAGGAACAAGCAAAACACAUUUUUGAGUUGACAAAGACUUUAGUCACCUUAUCAGGCAGAAGAAAUAUUAUUCUUCUGUGUUCUCAGCCCAAUGAAGCUAUGGAAGCAUUGUAGCCCAUAACGUGGAUAAAAAGUAACCGAAAGAAGAAAGUGAAUAUUUUAUUUUGAUAUUUGUAUCAUUGGAUGAUUUCUGAUUUCCAAAUUUCUUCUUCUUCAUUUUACUCAUUAUUGCUACCUCCUCAUUUGUAGUUUUGACAGGAUGUCUUUGUUUAGCAUUAGCUCAUAGCCUGCCCAAAAAUUGAUUAAUAUGAGAGAAGGACUCUUUUUUUAAAAAAAACUGGGAAUAUUUCAGUCUAUUUGUCCAUGUAA